ACAGAAACCCCUUCCCCAAGGAAGAGGGGCAGCUGAGGUGACCUGGCUCCGCCAUCUUGUUGUACGGCUGGCCUCGGCCCCUGGGCUGGAAGGGGUGGGAGGGGGCUGGGGAGCGGGCCCGGCGGGGCGGCCGGAGAUGGUGAUCUGCUGCGCCGCCGUGAACUGCUCGAACCGGCAGGGGAAGGCGCACAGAGGCACCGUCUCCUUCCACAGAUUCCCUCUAAAGGACUCAAAACGUCUGAUUCAGUGGUUAAAAGCUGUUCAGAGAGACAACUGGACUCCCACCAAGUAUUCAUUUCUCUGCAGUGAGCAUUUCACCAAAGAUAGUUUUUCUAAACGGCUGGAAGACCAGCAUCGAUUACUUAAGCCCACUGCUGUCCCUACCAUCUUCCAGCUUGCAGAGAAAAAAGACGACAACCUGGAUUAUGUCAGAAGCAGAAGAAAAAUAGCAAGCCAGGUACCACUGCAGGAUGGAGACCAAUCAAGGGAAGGAGGCUGUGAGGUAGUUCAAAGAACCUCGUCUUCUGACCAGGACUUUAUGGUAAUGCAAGGGACUAAAGAGAUGGAGGAGGCAACUUUGCAAGCUGAAAUUGGGUCAAUAGCUGAGAAGGAAGAGAGUAUCUACAGCCAGCUGGAAGGCCCUCGGAGAAGGACGUUAGGGGAUAAUUUAACUGCAAAGCCAGGUCCUCAGAAAAAGCCUGAGAGAUCUUCUGUAGAAGAUUGUCCUAAAACCACCCGGAUAGGGAGCUGGAUGGCAGACAGAAGUGGCAUAUCGGUUGAUGACUUCACGCCUCCUGCGUCUGGUGCUUGCAAGUUCAUUGGCUCCCUCCACUCUUACAGCUUUUCCUCUAAGCAUACCAGAGAGAGGCCAUCUUUCCCGAAAGAGCAACUAGAAAGGAAAAGGCCAAAGAGAGAUGCGGAACCAAGCUGCAGCAGCAAUAUCAUGGGACAUGAUAAGACCUUAGCAGAAGGCUCCCCUACUUCAUCACUAACUGCAACCCCUCAGAAACCUUCCCAGAGUUUGUCAGCAUCCCCAGCAGACCUAACCCCUCAGCCUGCCACUGAGGCUGUCGUUGGGCAGAAGGGUGACACAGAUGCCAACCCCAUGUCAAUCAAUGAGGUCAUCAUGUCGGCCUCGGGAGCUUGCAAACUCAUUGACUCGCUCCACUCGUACUGUUUCUCCUCCAGGCAAAGCAAAAGUCAGGUGUGCUGCUUGCGUGAACAGGUAGAAAAGAAGAAUGGAGAGUUGAAACUUUUGAGGCAGAGGAUCAGUCGCUCUGAUAGUCAAGUCAGGAAGCUGAAAGAGAAGCUAGAUGAACUGAAGAGGAUCAGUUUCCCUUACUUGAACAGUCUGCUAUCACAGGACUGUGAGACGCCCCAGCUGAAUCCUGUGAUGGAGCCCCUCUCCUGGAUGCUGGGCACCUGGCUCUCAGAUCCGCCGGGAGAUGGGACCUUCCCUACAAUGAAGCCCUUUCAGUACCUGGAAGAAGUGCACAUCUCUCAUGUGGGGCAGCCCAUGCUGAACUUCUCGUUCAAUGCCUUCCAUCCAGACACGAGGAAGCCAAUGCACCGAGAAUGUGGAUUCAUCCGCCUCAAACCUGACACUAAUAAGGUGGCCUUCAUCAGUGCCCAGAACACAGGUCUUGUGGAGGUGGAGGAAGGGGAGGUGAAUGGACAGGAGUUGUCUAUAGCUUCUCACUCCAUAGCCAGGAUCUCCUUUGCCAAGAAGCCCCAUGUGGAGCAGGGGUGAGCACCUUGCAAAAGUGCUCUGUGUAUUCUGCUUUCCAUGGAGCAACCACAGCAGAACAACUCUGUGCUUAAUGAAAGAAUUCAAGGAGACGAACUACCAGUGAUGGACGAAGAUCGAGUCAGAGAUGAUUUGGGAGAACUUGACACAUACAAGUCCAUGGGACCCAAACAAGCUGCACCCAAGGGUGCUGAUGAGAGACUUGGCUGAUGUCCUGCAAAGGCUGCUCUCUGUCAUCCUUGAAAGUUCAUAGAGAUUGGGGGAGGUCCCCAAUCACUGCAGAAUGGCAAAUAUUGCACGCAUCUUCAGAAAAAGCCUGAAUGUCAACCCAGGGAACUGCAGGCUGGUCAGCCUCACUUCAGUCGCUGGAAAUUUCUGGGCACAUGAAGGAGAAAGUGACUGAAAACAGUCAGCAUGGAUUUAUCUUAGGUAACACAUGCAUCACUAAUCAGAUUGCCUUCUACAAUAAAAUGGCUAAAUUGGUGGACAAGGAGAGAGCUGUGGACUUCAUUUACCUUGAAUUCAGCACACUUUCAAUACUGUCUCCCACAGUACUCUUGUAUCCAAGCUGAGAUGUUAUGGUUUGGAUAGGUGGACGACUGGAUGGGAAGAAUAACUGAUUGGAUGGUCAGAAUCAGAAGGCUGCGGUUAAUGAGUCAUGUUUUACCUGGAGACUGGUUACAAGUGGAAUACCACAGAGGUUGAUCCUGGCACCUGUCCUGUGUGACAUCAUUAUCAAUGACAUAGAGGAGCCAACAGAGUGUACUCACAUAUCUGCAGAUGACACCAAGUAGGGGUGAACCAGGGCACGCAUACAGUCUAGGUCUAGGCUGCCAUCUAGAGAGACCUCGACAGGCUGGAGAAAUGGGCCAUCAGGAACCUCAUGAAAUUCAACAAGGAUGAAUGCCCAGUCCUGCCCCUGGGAAGGAAGAGCCCUGGCAAUGAUACAGUCUGGAGACUCCCUGGCUGGGGAGCAGCUCUGCUGGAAAGGUCCUGCACAUCUUGGUUGGACACAAGCUGAACGUGAGCGAGCAGUUUCCCUGGCAGCAGAGAAAGCCAACAGCAUCCUGGGCUGUAUGAACAGUAGCAUAGCUAGGUGAUCCCAGGGAAGUGAUUAUCCCCUUGUGUUCACCGCUUGUUAGAUCUCCUGUAGUGUAGUGUGCCCAGGUUUGGACUUCCCCAAUAAAAGAAAGACAUUGCUAAACAGCAGGAGGCCACCAAGAUGGCAGGGGGCUGCAGCACUUGCCUUGUGAAGAGGGGCUAACAAGCUGGAGUUGUUCAGCCUGGAGGAGAGAAGGCUUCAGGUACCUAAUAAUGGCUUGCCAGUACCUACGAAGGGUCAUAAGGAGGACAGAGCCAGGCUGUUCAGUGGUGUGUGGUGGGAGGAUGAGAGACAGUAACCUCUCAUUUCAAUUUAUGCCCAGACUGGAUAUUAGGAAAAAUUUUUCCCCACAAUGACAGUCAAUUAGUAGAGCAGCUUACCCAGUCUCCGUCCUUGGAGUUUUUCAAGACCUUAAGCAACCUGGUUUGACCUCAGAGCUAACCCUGCUUUGAGUAGGAUUUGGAUGAGGGACCUCCUGCGGUCCCUUCCAGCCUGAAUAAUCCUUUGAAAUGGAGCUCAUGAAGCACAGGUUUGUAGGGGACACAGCAUCUGGGGAGUUCUCCUGUUCCUCAGACACGAGAUCAUGGGAAGUAGAGACUCCUUGCAGUCUGCCCUGACCCAAGGUUCCCCUGGAGAGACUGCUGCUGUUUCUGUCAUUAGUAGAAACUUCUCAGUAUCGCAGAAUAGUUUGGGUUGGAAGGAACCUCUGAAGAUCAUCUGGUCCAACCCCUCUGCUGAACCAGGGUCAGCUCGAGCAGGUUGCCCAGAACCAUGUCCAAAUGGGUUUUGAAUAUCUCCAAGGAGGGAGACUCCACGACCUCUCUGGGCAACCUGUUCCGAUAUUCAACAACCCUCAUAAUGAAGAAAACUUGACAAAAUAAAUUCUUCUUGUUGCAUAUAGCCCACUGCCACCAGUGCAGUGCUCUUUUCUUGUGAAGCAGCUAACCUGUACCUCUCCCACAGCAGUAAGUACCAGAGGUGCUUCCUCUUUGCAGUGCUGUUUCGUAGGGCUUCAUGUUUUCUCACUCCUGUAUAAGUAGCAGCAGUCUCUACAUGUCUCAGGUGUUCAUGGUGCUUGCCCUUCUUGGGUACCAACAGCCACCCUUUGAAUCAAGCUCACUUUUAAGAGAACCAUCCCCUUUUUUUCCUUACUUGGUAGCAAUAAUGAUAUUGAUUCCGUUUGUUCUUUCAGCAUUCAGAUUUUGGUGUCUGACCGGCAGUGUUACUUAGGCAUCCACAUCAAGCCAGAGUUGGCACUUGCUGCAGUCCAUCUACAUGUGGUUGCUGUGGCUGCAAUAAAUCAUGUUUGGAGCAGGUUGCUGACCAGCAAGCUCAGUGCUUUGGCUGAGAGCACAGUAAACGUCCUAUCAGCAGCACUGCGGAACUGGUAUGGGCAAUGCUUCUAGGGCAGGGACAGGCAGUUAGUGUAAAUAUAUGAAUAAAAUAUAUGUAUGAAUGGUGCUGGAAAGUUGAUUUGGCCUCUCUGCAGAGAUACAGAAAGAAUGACUGAGCCACAAAACUGGGUGACCAGGCGCAACUCUAAGGAUGCAAACAGAUGAUUAUUGAAAUACGAAGGCCUAGUUAAGGUUUUGUCAAACCUUCCUUUCUUACCAUUUCCUGUUCACGUGCUGUGCUCAGACAUAUUGCUCAGGUUAUGUCAAAGCUGGAGGGAUCAGUUUAGCUUUAAAAAAAAAAAAAAAGGGGGGGGGUUUGUAAGCAAACAUCACCCUUAUUUUUUUUUUAAUUGCGUCUAUUCUAGUAUUCUUUUGCAAGGUGUUACGGCAUACAGAAUAUGGCCGAGGCCAAAGAUUUGGUAUGACUUGGUUAGCUCAAUAACAGAAGUGACCAUACUCAAAGUAAAGUAAUAAGUUGUCUGUCAGAGGAUCAUUGUUGUUCUUAGGAUUAGAGAAAGUUGGCAAAGCAGACACUUUUCACUGGGGAGGAGGAAGGCAAAAGAUCCAGGGUUUCAGCACAAUCACAGAAGAAAAAACUUCCUAUAGGGUUUAAUGAAGCCAUCUCCCUAUAUCAUGUUACACGUUCUCCUGGGAUCUGUGCCACUUUUGCACUGUAAAUAUUUGAUGAAGAAGGGAAGCAGCAGCUCCCUAAAGCUUCUAAAGGAAAUCUUUAGCAGCUAAAGAGAUGCAAGACAGGCACCUUUGGAAGUGCUAAAAGGAAGAGUUAAAGUGCAUUUACAGAUGGGGCUUAUUUGAGAGUCCCUCUUUUGCUGCUGUUGUAUAAGAUUGUUUUGAGGACAGAAUCCUUGCAUUUGAAGGAAUAUGUGUCGUGAUGUUGGAGAACAGUGACCCCUCUAUCCUCCUUCAAGGCUACCACUGAUUCACUACAGCAAUAAUUUCAUAGUCUUCAUGACACAACAUACUUGUAGAUAUUACCAAGUUACGUUACCUUUGUGUAAGGUCAUGUAGAUUUUAGACCAGGGAAAAGCAAAACUUCCAGUAACUAGGGGAAAUCUGCUUCCGCAAGCAUGUAUGCAGUGAUGUGCAUUCACUGUCGCUGUGCCAUGAAAGAGUUGCACUUAGCUUGCUUAGCUUCUCCUAAGGAGCAGAAGGAGAUGAUUGAUGAAACCUGAACAGUAGAAUUACAGACAAUAGCAAGUUGUUGAGGGUAGUAAUAGAGGGCAUCUUGCACUGUGUGAUUUUGAAUACUGGCUCACCAGAAAUGGCUAAAUGCCCUGUGCUUUUGUGUGGGGCUUCUUUCUUUCUCCAUAGAAAUUUCCUUGAGUACUGUUGUUUUGCCAGCACCUCCAAAUCCGUCUGGAGUUCUGUUAGUUAGUGCCCCGUGUUGCUAGGAAGCUUCCUGGAACGUUCCUUUGGCCAUAGUACCAGUUUCCUUUUAAGUUUCUACAAAGUGUCAUUCAUGCAUGAUAGUAACUUUUCAUUUUGCUUUGAGUAGCUUCACUGUGUAUGUGCCUGUCCUGGUCCUUUGAUCUUGGGCCCAUGGUCACCCAAGGGGAGUGUGAAGCCAGACAGACCCAUUCACCCUGUGCCCAAAGUUCUAAUGCUGCCUCUGCAUAACUCUUUCUUAAGUGUUUAGAGCUAUUUUUGUAUCCCCUUACAUUAGACUCUAAUUUGGAUAAGCCAGAAGCGCCAGUGAGGCUGUAGAGCAGCUGGCCCAUGCUUACAGGGAAAGCACAAGAAGUAUCUCUCGUAGACAUCUUGUGUGGCAGCCAGUGCAGCAGUGGUUCAGGUAUGUUAUGUGCCUGUGGUGCAGCCUGUUCCACAGGAGCCAGUUACUCUGGGUAUUACCAGGGAGCUUGUGUAUUUUGCAUAAGCUGAGACUUGACAGAGCACUGAGCCCAGUGGGAAGAGCUUCCAUUUGCAGAGUCAGCAUUGGGCAGGAUGCCACAAAACGACCCACUCUGCGGAUAAAGAUCCCAGCUAUGUUGCCUUGUUUGAUCCCAUCAGUCACACGUCUUUUCCAGCUCUGACUUCCACAGUUCUGGGACAUUAGAUCAUCCUGUCUGUUCCCUUCAUGGUCAUGAUUUCCUCCCUUGCUGUUUCAUUUUUGGUCAUGAGAUCAGAAAAGUUUGUGUCCACUAUUCAUUGCUACUAGUGGUAAUAGAUCAGAAUGGGCCAUUCAGAAACCUGAGCUGAAUAAUUUCAAUACCAGUGCUAAAGAUAAGUGUGUUUUAUAUUCUUUUGAUUUGUCUUUUCCUUCUUGGAGUGUUUGAGCAACGCUAUCAUGCAUUACUAGAAAAAAUCAGCAAAUACUGCUGAAACCAUCAUUUGUGUAUGACUCUGUGCUUGCUGUUACGCCCACAGACCUCAGAAUGGCCAUGCAUCCUCAGCAGCUCUGUCAUAGAUUCACUCUCAGUUGGCAAUGAACUCCUGACAACUACUGGAAACGCAAGCUGAACUCCAGCUGUAGCCAGAUUCAGGUGAAUUAGCUGAGGAUGGCUUGAGAAGGACAAGAUGCCCCGAAAUGAACAGGAGUGUGGAUUGUGUGUUUGGCAGGAACCUGCUAGUGAAAUGAAACAGGAUGUGUUGGAUUUUGGUACUGAGGGAGGAUGCACUGUGUGUGUGUAGCAAGGGUAGUGGCAGUGGACAGGACACUGUUCCAGAGCAUGUUGACUGGCAUGGACAUGCCCUUGAGUGACCUUCACUGAAAGUAAUAUUUUUGCAAAAGCUUCUCUUUCCUUCCUUCCGUUCACUGUUUAAGUGACUGCAAAUUACUUGUACUUGGCAGGUUAUCAGUUUAGGCUCCUGCUGUCCCCAAGACUUUGUUUCUAUUUAUCCUUGGGAUUGUGUUCACAGUGGGAAGCAGCAGAUGGAAUCAAGCAACAUAAACAGCUCUUUUGGAUGAUGUGCAGCAAAUCUGCACUGAAAUAAUUUGAAGGCCAAACUGCUAAGUGUGUGGAGAUGUGUUCUUACAGCAGUGGCCACUCAGGGAGGUGCUGUGGACUCAUAUAAAUGAUUAUUAUAUGGUCAUUCUCUACAGGGCCUCACAGCUGGAGCAGACACUUGUUAAGAAUGUUGUUUUGAAACAAGAGCUGAGGUGUAUAAAUGAUGGGCCUGCUUUUCUGUUUUCUCUCAUGGCAAGCUAAGAGCAGAUUUAUAAUGUGUGCUAAACCCAGGACUGAACACCAUGAACUCUUUGCUGAUCUCUUCUCUAUCCUGGAAGCUGUUAAAACCGGGGUUCAGGCAUCCACUUGCACAGGUCAUAAGUUUUUUCAACUCAACAGGGCAGCCAUGUGUCCUCUCUCUUGAGUUUCUUGUGCAAUUUAAAUAGGCUUGCAGCCUGCCCAGGUGGAGGGACAAGGAAGCUGUUGCUUGUAGACCCUGUGCCUCCAGAUGGAUGGCAGUGCUCUUUGCUGCUGCCACUGGGCUGAAACCCCUGCUGGUCUACAGGCACAACAGCAGAGGCUCAGCAGGCUCAAGCCCAGUCUUACCAUAUCGUGAAACCAAAGCCUUAUUCUGGCGUAGCUUGGUGACUUGGAGAGAGCAUUGGUGGUUUUGAAGGCCACCUUGAAAAUCUUGUCCAGUACAGGGCAUCUUCCUGAGCCUCUAGCUGGUCCUGAUAGACUCAUUCAGCUUAGAUGUUAGCAUGUCUGUACUGAGGUGACUGCAGCAAUAGUACCAGGACCUUUCCUCUCCUGACACAGCCUGCAUGGCACCAGGCAUAAAACUUCACUAACUGAUUUGCAGUCACAGCUGUUAAUGUGUUUAAUGCAGAGACCUGCCAUUUGGCUACUCCACAAAACCUUCUCACUAAAAUCACUCAUCACCCCUAGAGAAAAUGUCAAUUCGGGAAUAGAAUGUCAAAAUAAUGCAGGGAGCUCUACUGUUUUUUGUUUUUGUUUUUUUAAGUUAAAAAUGCUUAAAUCUAAGUGAAGAUACUGGGAGAUUUUUCAGGCCUUCCCACCAAUAUGCUGCAGUUCCCAAACC